UCAUCCAUCAAUGGGCAUUUGGGCUCUUGCCAUACUUUGGCUAUUGUUGAUAGUGCUGCUAUAAACUUGGGAGUGCAUGUGUCCCUUUGAAACAGCAUACUUGUAUCCCUUGGAUAAAUACCUAGUAGUGUAAUUGCUGGGUCAUAGGGUAUUUCUAUUUUUGGUUUUUUGAGGAACCUUCAUACUGUUUUCCAGAGUGGCUGCACCAGCUUGCAUUCCCACCAUCAAUGCAAAAGAGAUCCUCUUUCUCCGCAUCCUCACCAACAUCUGUUGUUGCCCGAGUUGUUAAUGUUAGCCAUUCUGGCAGGUGUAAGGUGGUAUCUCUUUGUGGUUUUGAUUUGUAUUUCCCUGAUGAUGAGUGAUGUUGAGCAUUUUUUCAUGUGUCAGUUGGCCAUCUGGAUGUCUUCUUUGGAGAAGUGUCUAUUCAUGUCUUUUGCCCAUUUCUUCACUGGAUUAUUUGUUUUUGGGUUGAGUUUGAUAAGUUCUUUAUAGAUUUUGGAUACUAACCCUUUAUCUGAUAUGUCGUUUGCAAAUAUCUUCUCCCAUUCCGUUGGUUGCCUUUUAGUUUUACUGGUUGUUUCCUUUGCUGUGCAGAAGCUUUUUAUUUUGAUGAGGUCCCAAUGGUUCAUUUUUGCUUUGGUUUCCCUUGCCUCUGGAGACGUGUUGAGUAAGAAGUUGCUGCAGCUGAGGUCAGAGAGGUUUUUGCCUGCUUUUUCUUCAAGGAUUUUGAUGGCUUCCUAUCUUACAUUUAGGUCUUUCAUCCGUUUUGAGUUUAUUUUUUUAAUCUUUAUUUAUUUUUGAGAAAGAGACAGCAUGUGAGCAGGGGGAGGGCAGAAAGAAAGGGAGACACAGAAUCCAAAGCAGGCUCCAGGCUUUGAGAUGUCAGCACAGAGCCUAAGGUGACGCUCGAACUCAUGAUCUGUGAGAUCAUGACCUGAGCUGAAGUCAGACGCUUAACUGACUGAGCCACCCAGGUGCUCCAGUUUUGAGUUUAUUUUUAUGUAUGGUGUUAGAAAGUGGUCCAGGUUCAUUUUUCUGCAUGUCGCUGUCCAGUUUUCCCAGCACCAGUUGCUGAAGAGACUGUCUUUAUUCCAUUGGAUAUUCUUUCCUGCUUUGUCAAAGCUUAGUUGGCCAUAUGUUUGUGGGUCCAUUUCUGGGUUCUCUACUCUGUUCCAUUGAUCUGAGCAUCUGUUUUUAUGCCAGUACCAUACUGUCUUGAUGAUUACAGCUUUGUAAUACAUCUUGAAGUCCGGGAUUGUGAUGCCUCCUGCUUUGGUUUUCUUUUUCAAGAUUACAUUGGCUAUUUGGGGUGUUUUCUGGUUUCAUACAAUUUUUAGUAUUGUUUGUUCUAGCUCUGUGAAGAAUGCUGGUGUUAUUUUGAUAGGGAUUACACUGAAUAUGUAGAUUGCUUUGGGUAGUAUUGACAUUUUAACAAUAUUUGUUCUUCCUAUCCAGGAGCAUGGAAUCUUUUUCCAUUUUUUGUAUCUUCUUCAAUUUCUUUCAUAAGCUUUCUAUAGUUUUCAGUGUAUAGAUUUUUCACCUCUAUGGUUACAUUUAUUCCUAGGUAUUUUAUGGGUUUGGGUGCAAUUGUAAAUGGGAUCGAUUCCUUGAUUUCUCUUUCUGUUGCUUCAUUGUUGGUGUAUAGGAAUGCAACCGAUUUCUGUGCAUUUGGUUUUUUGGUGGAAUGUUUGGGGUUUUCCAUAUACAGUAUCAUGUCAUCUGUGAAGAGUGAAAGUUUGACUUCCUCCUGGCCAAUUUGGAUGCCUUUUAUUUCUUUGUGUUGUCUGUUGAGGCUAAGACUUCCAAUACUAUGUUGAAUAACAGUGGUGAGAGUGGACAUCCCUAUCUUUUUCCUGACCUUAGGGGGAAAGCUCUGUUUUUCCCCAUAUAAUUUCCCUUCUGCUUGCUUUGGGUUUGUUUUGCUCUUUUUUAGUUUCUUAAGAUAUAAGCAUUUAUUGCUAUAAAUGUAUUUUUCUGCUCUGCUUUAGCUGUUUCCCACAAAUUUUAAUAUGUUGUAUUUUAAUUUUUAUUCAGUUCAAUGUAAUUUUGAUUCUCCUUGAGACUUCUUUUUUAUCCAUAAAUUAUUCAUAUUUGUUUUCUUUAAAGUUCAGGUGUUUGCAUAUUUUCCUAUUUCCUGUUCUCUUAUUUAUUUCUGGUUUGUUGCGAUUAUGAUUAGAGGACAUAUUCUGUACUAUUUCGAUUAUUUUGUUUGAUUUAUUUGAGAAAGAAAGAGAGUGAGAACAGGAGUGGGGGAGAAUGGCAGGGAGGAUAGAGAGAAAGAGAGAGAGAGAGAGAGAGAGAGAGAGAGAGAGAGAGAGAGAGAGAGAGAAUAUCCUAAGCAGGCUCCAUGCUGAGCAUGGAGCCCAACAUGAGGCUUGAUCCCAUGCCCCUGGGAUCAUGACCUGAGCCAAAAUCAAGAGUUGGACAUUUAACUGACUGAGCCACCAGACACCUCUCAAGUAUUUUAGAGUUGCUGAAGUUUGUUUUAUGACCCAGGAUAUGAUCCAUCUUGGUGUAUGUUCGGAUGCUUAAAAAGUAUGCCUAUUCUGUUGUUUAGUGGAGUGCUGUAUAAAUUUCAAUAAGAUCCUAUUGGCUGAUGGUGUGAUCCAGAUUUUCCAUAUCUUUUUUUUUUUUUUAAGUAGGCACUAAGCCCAAGGUGGUGGUCAAACUCAUGACCCUGAGAUCAAGAGUUACAUGCUCUACCAACUGAACCAGCAAGGUGUCCCUCCAUGUCCGUGUUUAUAACCUAGUAGAUAUAUACAGUGUUUAGAGAGGGAUAUUGAAAUUUCCAACUAUGAUUGUGGACUUAUCUACUUAUUUCAUAUCUAUCAGAUUUUGAUUUGUGCAUUUGGACCUCUAUUGUUUGGUCCAUACCUAUUUAGGAUUUAAAGUUAACACUAACAAAUGGCAAGUGGGAAACGUAAAACGUAAGGCAUUCUCAGGACGGCAUUGUCUCAAGAUGAAGUUGAAGAAGACAGUAAAUUUUGUUAAGACCAUAUAAAGAUUCAGGACGCCUGGGUGGCUUAGUCAGUUAAGCGUCCAACCCUUGAUUUCAGCUCAGGUCAUAAUCUCAUGGUUUGUGAGUUCAAGUCCCACAUUGGGCUCUGCACUAACAGUGCAGAGCCUGCUUGGGAUUCUCUCUCUCCCUCUCACUUUGCCCCUCCCCUGCUCGCUCUCCCUCUCAAAAUAAAUAAAUAAGCUGAAAAAAUAAUAACAAAUUUUUUUAUCUUAAAAGAAAAAAAAGACCAUAUAAAGAUCCAAGGUGGUGGUACCUCAGAGAUUAGUUCAAACAAUAGGGUUUCUAAAGAGCUCACAGGUAUUGUGCCUCAGCAGUCUCAGCAGAGGCUCAAGGAAGACAAUUAUCUCAAAGACAUGUAUUAAUGCGAUUUUUGUCUAGCAGACAAAUCCUAGUAAGAUUCAGAGAAGUUUUUAAGAGAAUAAUAGUGGCAGAACCACUACCAGCUUGAGCUGUAGAACAGUAGAAAAUAAAACGAAGUGUUUUGAUUCGCCAAACUUCUUCAGCCAGGAAGCAAACCACGAAAACUACUCAGCCACAAACACAAGCUAGUUUUCAUAUAUGAGAGUUCAGUGAGCAGAACCGUGAUCUCAGAGGUGGAGCCAGACACCACAGAGAAUUUCCCAGGACUUGAAUCCUAAUCAAGGAAUUGCCAACAAGUGCCUACUGGCUUUCAGAAUUUCUAUGACUCAAUGACUUUUGUGUACCUACCUUCCCUUACCCCCCAUCUUUAUUCUAUAGUAGUUAUCCCAUCUCUGUCCUGCCAUUGUAUGUUGUGAGUGUAGAAGCCAGAUGUAACUUGUGUGUUUAGCUCAUCAGUCUUAUGACUGAGAGGAAUUGUACAGGAGAAAUGCUGUGUAACUCUACCUAAUGAAUUUCAUCUAUACCUGUACCUGAUUUGGAUGAUGUGAUCAUGGAAUUGAGCUAACACUGUAAUGAGAUGUGACUGUGGAGGGCCUUGAGAGCAGAUGAGUGUAUUUUGCAUGUAAGGUGGACAUGAAUCAUUGAGGGCCAGAGGGCAGAUUGUGAUAGCCAGUCUUCAAGAUGGCCCCAAAGAUUUUCACGUCCUGGUAUUGAUACCCCUGUGUUGUCCACUGCCACAGUGAAUAGGGCCAACCAGUGUAACCAAUAGGAUAUUGUGGAAAUUACAGUAUAUCACUCCCAAGUAGCAUAAAAUAAUAAAUUUAUUGAUUUAACUAAGUUGGGGGAGAAUUUGUUGUAUGGCAAUAGGUAACUAACCCAGUGAUCAACCAAUUUACUUACAUAUCAUUAUAAACUCAUGGGUUUAAGCAUAUCUGAUAGACUGCUAAAUAUUAUUGUUAAAUACUUAAGAAUAGCUACUAAUAGAAAGAGACGAAUCAGUGGAAGGGGGAAAAAGUACACUGAAAAACAAAGAGGGGCACUUGGGGCUCAUUCAGUUGAAAGUCUGACUUUGGCUCAGGUCAUGAUCUCAGUUUGUGAGUUAGAGUCUUGCAUUGGGCUUCCUGCUGUCAGUGUGGAUCCUGCUUCAGAUCCUCUGCCCCCCACUCUCUCUGCUCCUCCCUCACUUGCAUGCAUGCUCUCUCUCUUUCUCAAACAUAAAAAUAAACCUUAAAAAACUAAAUAAAAUUUAACCCAAAAGGAAAUAAAAAUAAGGUCAGAGAAUGGGAGAGGGAAGCAAAUUGGAAAAAGUAUGAUAAAUAGAAAAAUCAAAGUGAGAUGUAAAAAUAAAUUCAAUGUAUAUCAAAAAGCCCCCAAAACUAAAAAAAAAGCCAAGAACAAAAACCCCCCAAUCUCACCAACAUAAAGACAGAGAUACUCUGAAUGGCUAAAAGAAAAAAUUCCAGAUAUAUGAUGUUUACAAAGGCCACACCUAAAACUUUGAGUGUUGGUUCUCAAAAUGAUUUUAAUGAGUGACAGGCCAACAGACUCAAAUAAAGGACACAACUUCCUUAACCAUAAAUAAAGGAUAUGAGAAAUGAAUUAAAUGAUACCUGCAUAGAGAAGACACAGAAGCAUUCUAUCAAUGGGACAAGUAUCCCUGGCUUUCAGGUCUCCAUUAAAGUAUUCAGCUGCCUAUGAUAGCAUCUGAUUGGGGUGAGGAUCUUACCCCAUUCUUCACAAAGUUGCCUUUGAGGGGGUUUGUUUGAUUUUUGCCUAAUCCAUACCAGCUUUUCUGGUAAAGCCUGAAAACAUUACUGAAUGUUUACUGUGUGACAAGGUACAUCUGAAGUCAGUUUUCCAGGCAUAUCAUCAUCCUAGAAAGACCCAGAUUUCAGGUCUGCUUGGGGAAAUUCUGCAAAUAUAAUGGCACAGAAAAGUUGCAAAUAAAAAGAGUAAAGGUAAUGAAAAAGAUAUACCAUUCUAGUAGUAAUCAAAACUGUAGUGACAGUUUUUCUAUCGGAAAAAGUGUAUUUCACAGCAAAAAGUAUCAGCAGGCACAAAGAAAGUAAUUUUAUAAUAAGUGGGUAAAUUUAUCAAGAGGACAUAACAAUCUUAAAUGUUUAUUUACCUAAUAAAGAAACUUCAAAAUACCUGAAGUAAAAAGUAAAGAAUAAGGAAAAAUAAACAAACUCACAAUUAUAGUUAGAGAUUUCAAUAUACUCCCGUUUCAAUCCUUGACUGAACAAGUAGGCAGAAAAUCCAAAAGGAUAUAGUAGACUUGAACAACUCUAUCAAGCAAGCUGACCUGAUGAUUAUAGAACACUCUACCCAAGAACAGCAGAAUAUACAUUCUUUUCAAGUGAACAUGGAGUGUUCACCAAGAUGGAACAUAUUCUGGGCCAUAAAAUGAGUCACAAUAAAUUCACAGGCAUUCAAGUUAUACAAAGUAUGUUCUUUGACCAUAUGCUACUAAAUUAGAAAUCAAUAAUGGGAAGAUCCCUGGAAAAUCCCCAAAUAUUUGGAAACUAGUAUACAUCUUUAAUUUUACUAUGAUCUUGGGCAGGAAGGUCCUCAGCCGUAGUCUAGGUUACAGUAUACAUUGGUAAAAUAGCAUACAAGAACACCAAGAAUACUUCGUCUUCCACUCUACUGGAAGUACAGAUAAUAAUUACAUAAGAGUUAAGUUUAGGGUCAAUAGAGAACAGUCUUUGGGGGCUAAUGAUGAACAUAUUGGUAGGGAUCUCGUGUGGAUACAUUCUCUCCAUUCCCAGUUUCCCAAUCACCUUAUUAUUCCUCAGGAUAGAGGCUCUUGGAGAGGUUACUAACUUUGCCAACACAUUAAUGGGUCUACCUGGGGCCAAUUAUUCUCACUUCCUCAGCUGCCUCCUAAACCCUCAUCGGUGAACACAUCAUCCUCCCCAGCUGUGAGCUACUAGGCUGCCCAGGAAGGGAUGUCUCUCCUCAGGACAGGAUCAGUUGAGGGGAUGCCUUGGGGAACAGGGCUGUCUUCCUCCCAUCACCACGUGAGAGGUUAAAGUCAGUAGCAUCUCGGAUCUCCAGAUUCAGUCUAUGUACCCAGUAAAUCUGGUUUUGUCUUUAUGGUUUUUCUACUGAAGGCUUGUGUUCUGACCCUCAGAGCAAUAACAGCUUUGCCAUCAAGUCAUAUGCUUUACUUGAAAUAAAGUAUUUGCUUAAGAACAUGUCAAGCAACUUUGAAGGAGGAAAUUCUUCUGGUGUUUGAUUAUCAUCAGGUAAUACUUCGAUUUCUGGAAAUUGAUGACUAUUGAUACACAUUUAGGAAGAAAAUGACCAAGACAACUAUCCUACCCACGGGCUGAUUUUCCAGGACACAGAGGAUUCCAGUAGGUUAGAAAAGGCUAUUUAUAUGUGGCUCAGGAGGAUCUGUCUGUUCCUGCAGGUACCCUAUGGUUUAGUGUUUCUUGAAGUGUGGUUCAGAGAUCACCUGUUUCAGAAUCACCAGAUUUGGGCCCACAGGAUCAAAUUUUCUGAGGUUGGGACCUGGAUCUGCACAUAUAGCAAGCUCCUCCAGUGAACCUUGGGAAGGGUACCUUAAUGUUUAAGAACCACUGUUUGGGGUCAUCAUUGCUCAAAGAGAUGCACUAGCUGCUUCCUUUGGCAGCCUUUUCUCUAUCUGUGCUCCUGCUCUGCUAUCCCAGGGAGGAGGGCAAAGAGGCAAGAGUAAAUAAAGCCUCUUGCCUACUCCUCCCUCACCUACAGGCCCAAGGUAUUGGUUCUCACUCCUAGACACUCCCCUCCCCAGCCUAUUUCCAUAUGAUAAGACCACCCUUAAGUUUUCUCCCUAGUUUUCAUUCACAGGUACAAACUGCAGCCAACAGAAAUAGAGGCUAUUCCAGCAUCCUUUGAAAAACUGUCAGAGAUGUCAAUUUCUUCACAAUCCCUCGCUUGGUGUACUCUCUAUGUUCAGAAUAAUUUUGAAUUUAGUGCAGAGUGGAGAAGAGAGAUAAGAGGGGAAAGCAGAGAGGAAGAGAGAGAGUGGACUUAAAGCGAGUAAUAAACCUGGAACCUCUGAUCAGCUAUCCCUUGUAUUACCUACCACCCUACCCCAUCCCAUCCCACCUCUGGACCUCAUCUAUGCUCUCCUGAUAAUUGGUCACAUUCCUACUUGACUUAGCUUUUGUCCAUCCUUUUAAUCACAGAAUCAGAGAUACUUGACCAGUUACCCACACUGAAACAGUCUAUUGAGGAAAGAUGCAAAGCUGGAUCUCAAGAAGUCCUAUUCCACUCUUAACAACCACUUCUCAACUUCCUUGAAGUUCCUGUAAGUUAUUCCAUCCUGAGAUUUUUAGUCACUUCUCUGAAGUCCUUGUAAUUUGCCUUGAAGCUGGGUUGGCUUUUGAAACCAAUGGAGCCAGUGACAUUUGCAACCCAAAUCUAGGGCUGCGCACAUUCCUGAAAUAAUGGGGUGUAUUACAAACUAGCAGCUAUUGGGUUAAGAAUGGCUGAAUGUUACACCUCAGUGACAUCAAAUCUAUCACGGAGUUAUGCUCCAUGUGCUUUAAAAGAAGUUACCAAUGCUCUGUGUUCAAAUUUGCCCUCUUAUAUUUUGAGCAUCUCAGCUUUAGCAGAGUGUGUGAGCUCUUUGGGCAUUACAAUGCUUUCUUGUCACCAUUCACAGUACUCUAUCAAUGGCCACAGUGCCUUCAUUACCUACUUGACAGUCAGAGUUAGUUGUUCAUAUGUUUAGAAUCUUCUCCUGCCCUGGUAGUUUGAUGAUUCUGGGAACUGUGCUAGUGGGAUAAACUAGAAUCUUUGCCUGCUGAAUUCAGCUCUCCUCUCCCGAAUCCUCCCAAUAUCUUCUGUGGUGUCAUUCACAUACACUCCUCAGGGCAGGAGGAGGGGGCUCACUUACGCACUUUUCUGUCUUACCCAAUUACAUCUGGCUUCAAAGUCUUCACAGCUGAGUGUCCUCACCUAAGACCAUGGAGCUCUUAACUGACUCCAGAACCCAAAGGUAAUUCAGGAACAUGGUGGCAGAGCAGCCAAUGGAGGGGAAAAUAGUAUGGUGUUUAUUUAGGUAGUGCACCCAUGGCCUCGUUCAUUCUUUGAGUAGGAAAGGCAUUUUAUUUACAGAGCUUUACAGAGCUGUUCCUUCCCCUCUGGCUCCAAUGGCUUCUGAGUCCAGGAUGAACCUGUUUCCUGGCAAUGACUGGUGACUUUGUAAAGGACGCUCCCAAGAGCAAAGUCUCAGUUUGCUCUUCAGAGCCCUACAUCAUCCCCAUGUCUCCACAUCCCCAACCCUCAUCACUGUGAGAACUCACAGUAGGGUUUGGCUUGUGCCAAGUUCACAGAGGCAAUUUUAUAGCUGAGCCAAGAAAUCACCCCUAACUCCCCUAGAAUAUUCAGGAUCCUCUGAAGGCCUGUUCAGUCACUCCUGCUUAGUACAAGUGUCUCUGUCUUGUAUUGUUUGGUGGUGGGUUGCUUGCCAAAUUUUGUCAUUGUUUCAUUUUAUUUAUCAUAUUUAGUUAUGUGCUAGGUCUGUCUCUCUUGUGAGAAUAAUCAAAGCUAACAUUCUUUGAACUUUCUUAGCCUGCCAGGCUUUGUUCAAGUGCCUUUGCAUGGAUUAGUUCAUUGGAUUCUUUCAACAGUCUUUUAAGAUUAGUGCCAUUAUCCCUAUUUUACAGAUGAGAAAACUGAAAUCAGAGAGGUUAAGUAACAUUCCCAAGAUUACACAGCUAGUUAGUGGUGAGGUCCCAGCAUGGAAACUUGGCAGUCUGAUGCCAGAGCCUGAGUGCUUUAACACAAAAUAUACUAUCUCUAGAAUAUAAGCUCCCUAAAGUCAGACACUUUUGUAUUGCUGACAAGAACACAGAGCUAAGCAUAUGGAAGACUGUCAACAAAUAUUUGGUAAGUAACUGCUUCAUUAUUGAGAACUUCUUAAGGUCGCUGAGAGACCAAAUGGUAUAUGUUGCUUUUCUAUUUUUCAUUGCUGCUCUAGUAAUGCUUACAGACUAUCCAAUCAACCAAGUAGAGAAGACCCUCUCUAUGACCGAGUUCCAGCUACAAAGGACUUUUUCAGCGAGACCAGUCUUCAGAAGGCUGUCCUUAGCCAAAGCAGAACUAAAUCCAGUGAGAGCCCCUGAGGGUUCCACAUCAUUUCUGGUAGUCCCCUCUUUACACACCAGAGCACUGGAGAAAUAUGGAAGGGGCAAACCUGAGCCAAGAGGUUGAGUUUGAGCUCUUGGGCCUCACCAGGGACCCCCAACUCCAAAGGUUGCUCUUCACGGUAUUCCUGGGCAUGUACACCAUCACUCUGCUGGGAAAUCUGAUCAUGUUCCUUCUGAUUCACGUGAGCACCCCUCUGCAUACACCUAUGUACUCUCUCCUGAAAAGCCUCUCCUUCUUAGAUUUCUGCUACUCCUCCACGGUUGUCCCUCAGACCCUGGUGAACUUCUUGGCCAAGAGGAAGGUGAUUUCCUAUUUUGGCUGCAUGGCUCAGAUGUUCUUCUAUGCAGGUUUCGCCACCAGUGAGUGCUAUCUCAUUGCUGCCAUGGCCUAUGACCGCUAUGCUGCUAUUUGUAACCCCCUACUCUACCCACUCACUAUGUCUCCUGAGAUCUGCCUGUCUCUCAUUGUGGGCUCCUACGGUGCAGGAUUUCUCAAUUCUCUUAUCCACACAAGCUGUAUCUUUAGUCUGAAAUUCUGUGGUGCCCAUGUGGUCACUCACUUCUUCUGUGAUGGACCACCUAUCUUGUCUCUGUCUUGUGUGGACACCUCGCUGUGUGAGAUCUUGCUUUUCAUUUUUGCUGGUUUCAACCUUUUGAGCUGCACCCUCACCAUCUUGGUCUCCUACCUCCUAAUCCUCAUCACCAUCCUGAGAAUGAACUCAGCCCAGGACAGGUUCAAGGCCUUUUCCACCUGUGCUUCCCACCUCACUGCUGUGUGCCUCUUCUAUGGCACAACACUUUUUAUGUACCUGCGCCCCAGGUCCAGCUACUCCUUGACUCAAGACCGCAUGGUGGCCGUGAUCUACACAGUGGUAAUCCCAAUGUUGAACCCCCUUAUUUAUUCUUUGAGAAACAAAGAUGUGAAGGAAGCUUUAAGAAAGGUUUGGGGCAGGAAAAUAAUGGAAUGAUCUUCUCAACUCAUUACCACAUCCUUCCUUCUUUCCUUCCUUCCUUCUUUCUUUCUUUCUUUCUUUCU